AUGAACGGUGCCGCCGGAUCCACGGCGCAAUCACCUCGUGCUGCUCCGCCGUUGACGAGUAGCUCCUCCAAUGCUUCGAACUCGAAUCAGAAUCAACAGCAGAUGCAGUCGAAUGAGAUGUUACAGGUUUAUAUCUAUGAUUAUCUCCUCAAGCAGGGACUUCCUGACUCGGCGCGGGCGUUCUUGAACGAGGUAGAUUAUCCGGUGACGGGGAGUGGGAUGCAGGGUUCCCCGUCACAGGGAUCUGGAUCGCGGGAUGGACAUGGAGGACAGAGAGAGGAUCAGACGUUGGAGUCUUCCAUCCCGUCUGAUAUGGAGCAGAAUCCUCGUAAGCGGCCGGCGCCUAAUGAUGAUGCUGAUACGGGUGCCGAUCAGGAACGGCGUAAGAUCGGUAAACAUGAGGACUUGUUGCCGGCUGCUGUGCCUAUUGACGCGCCAGAUGGGUUUCUUUUGGAGUGGUGGACGAUCUUUUGGGAUAUAUUUACGGCGAGGAGCGGGAAGGGCGGAUCGGUGUCUGCGAGCGCGUACAUCGCGCAUCAACAGAGAAUGAGGCAAGAAGCGCAACAACGUGGCAUGAACGCGAUGGGUCAGCAACACCCCGGAUACGCCGGCGUCCCCGGCCAGCCCAUGAACGGCCAGCAGUUCGGCCAGCAGUUCGGUCCUAAUAUGCGCGUAGUGAACGGCAUGCCAACAGUCGUCGGUGGCCUCGAGCCUAACAUGACACCUCAGCAACAGCAGCGUGAAAUGCUCAUGCGCCAGGCUAUGCUCAACAAUCAGCGCAAGGGGAAUACGAUCUUCCCGCAGAACGCGCAGACCCAACAGCAGCUUCAUAUGUUACGUCAAGCUCAGAUUCAACAGGUUCAGCAGCAGCAACAGCAGCAGCAACAACAGGCGCAACAGGUGCAGGCUCAGCAGCAGCAACAGCAGGGACAGUUCUCUGAGGAGGCCCAAGAGGGUCGCAUGGGAUCGCCCGCUGGUGCUCAAGCUACGUCGCCUACAAAGCGCCAGCGCCUUUCGCCCGAGGGUCAGCAGGGUCAGCUCCCAACUCAGCCUGGACAGCCUCAGCAGCCCAUGCAGGGUAUGCCUCAGAACCCCCAACAGGUUGCCCAAGCGCGUCAACAAGCCAUGCAGCAACAACAGAUGAUGUUGAACAUUGGAAUGAACUCUGCCGCACUGACUCCUCAGCAGUUAAUGGCUUUCCAGCAACAGACCAAUAACCCCCUCUUGCAGAAGCAGAACCCGCAGAUGAAUAUCGCUAGCUAUACGCAGAGCCUCAUGUCGCAACAACAGCGUGCGUUGAAUGCGGCAAAGGGAGCGCCGAUGCCCGGGCAGAUGAACCAGAUGGGUGGAAAUGGUAUGCCUGGUCAAGAUCCCUCUGGUCAGUUGAACCUUGAGGGUAUGCAGCCGCAUGUGCAGCAACAGUUCAUGAGGCAGUUGGCGCAUCAGCAGAACCAGGCCGGUGCGAAUGGUAACAUGGCUUUGGCGGAGUACCAGUCUCAGUUGAUGGUUUUGGAGAAACAGAACAAGGAGCGCCUCUUGGCUGCGCGUCAAGAGCAGGACAGGGGCGGAUCGAGCGAGGCGCCUGGUCAGAACUUCCAGGAUAUGUCGCCUCAAACGACGCGUACUGGCCAGGUUCAGCCGUCUCCUCAGCCCGGAUCGUUGGCGCUGGAGAAGCGUGGUACCCCCAAGAUGGGACACAUCGCUAAUCCCAACUCCCCAGUCCCUGACUCGCAGGGUCCGCCGCGUGGUCCGUCCCCUGCGACCUUCAAUGGCCAGGAGAUGGAUCCUCGCCAAAUGAUGAUGUACCAGCAAAUCAAGCAGCAGCAGAGUAUGAAUGAUAACCUCCCUCAGGGCAUGAUGAUGGGUCCGAACGGACAGAUCACGCGUACCCCGUCCAUGGCUGGUGCGGGUGGUCAGCCUGGAUACAUGCCUAAUGGGGCUAUGCAGCAGAUGGGUAUGAUGAAUGGAGGCAACCAGCAGGAACAGAUGAUGCGUCUGCGUCAACAAAACCCGGCGUUGUGGCACCAGCAGCAGCAACAACUCGCACAACAGAUGCAGCUUCAGCAAAUGAGGGCGCAGCAAAUGGCUGCCCAACAGCAGCAGGGUCAAGGACAGGUGGGCCCUCAGGGACCACAGGGACCGCAGCAGCAGCCGAUGAACCCCUCUCAGCAGAUGCCGCCUCCUCAGGCGCCGCCGCAGCAGCCUCAGCAACGUAACCCGCAGAACGAGGCUCCGUCGCCGAGUUUGUCGAAUGCGCAGCCGCCUACGCCUACACAAAGCCACAAGCCCGCUCCGAAGGGUAAGAAAGAACCGAAAGAGCCGAAGCCCAAGAAGGGCGGCGGCAAGAAGAACGCACCCGCUGCCCCCACACCGGCUACACCUCAGGCUACUUCGGAGCCUCCUACGCCUACUACGCCCAUCACUCCUCAGCACCCUCAGAGCUUCAGCUUGAACCCCAUGAUGGGCGGUAACCCCAUGCAAGCACCUACGUCGAACCCCUCCAACCCUCCUCAGCUCCAGCAGCAGACUUCACAGCCUGAUCCGGCGCCAUUCACGGCUAUCGACACGGGUGCUGACUCGAGUACCUUAUUUGGCGAGUUUGGAAUGGGCGAUACGGACCCCAACAUGGACGCGUUCGACUUCGAUGCGUUUUUGACCACUACGGCUGAUGAUGGCGCGGGUGGUGGGUUCGACACGAGCUUUGGCUUUACCUUUGGUGAUGGCGUCGAAGCUGGUGCUGAUGCGUGA